ACCUGCUUUAAAAGUCCGGCGCACUUCCUGGGGGCUUGACUUGCAGUUGAUGCUACAGAGCAAAUGCUGGUCGGAUGCACACAUUGAAUGAAAGUCAGUGUAGCAGGCUGUUGCCACCAGCAACUGAGAAUAUCUGCACACCGUAAAGUUACCUUACAGUGUCCAGGCUCCUGGUGAGACUGUAACAGAAGAGAUAAUUUCACACAUUGGCACAGGAGAGGAUCAAGGCAUUUGUGGAAGGGGAAGGACCGGGCUGUGAGGGGCAAUGCAGCGGGUCACGGCGCAGCUCGUCACCGGGCUGGUUGCAGCGGUGCUGUCGCUACUGGCGGAGCCGUGCGGGGCGGACGGCGGGGGCCUCAGCCUGGCCGACCGGGUGAUCUGGGCUGUGAAUUCCGGGGGUGAAUCGCAUGUAGACGUGCACGGUAUUCACUUCAAGAAGGACCCCUUGGAAGGGAAACUUGGCAAAGCGUCUGAUUAUGGGUUGCGCCUGCCAAUACUGCGCUCCAGUCCAGAGGACCAGAUUCUGUAUCAGACAGAGCGCUACAAUGAGGACACUUUUGGAUAUGAGGUCCCCAUUCGUGACGAAGGAGACUAUAUACUAGUAAUGAAGUAUGCUGAAGUUUACUUUGCCCAGUCACAGCAAAAGGUGUUUGACGUCCGUCUAAACGGCCAUGUGGUGGUGAAGGACCUAGACAUCUUCGAGCGUGUGGGCCACAGUACGGCUCACGAUGAGAUAGUACCCUUCUCUAUUAGACGUGGUAAACUGAGCGUACAAGGAGAGGUCUCCACUUUCAACGGCAAGCUCACUGCAGAGUUCGUAAAGGGUUAUUAUGACAACCCCAAGGUCUGCGCUCUCUAUGUAAUGAAGGGGACAUCAGACGAUGUGCCCAAACUUCAGCCGCACCCUGGCUUGGAGAAGCCUGAGGAGGAGGAGGAAGAAGAGGAGGAAAGUGAGCCAGGCGAGGAAGGUGGGAAGAAAAAGAUUCCUGGAGGUUCCAAGCCCAGGGUCCAGUCCGGCCCCCGAACACCAAACCCAUACGCCGCAGACAACAGCAGCCUCAUGUUCCCCAUCCUGGUGGCGUUCGGGGUCUUCAUCCCCACACUGUUCUGCCUCUGUCGGCUGUGAGCUACAACUAUCGGUGGAGGGGGCGUCAAACAGACAAGACGGCAAGAGACUAUGGAGGGGGAGAAGGAGGGUGGGGGUUUGGGGGGGGUCAUCUGCAGAACAGGUAAAGGCAUACACACAGGGAGAGAGCUUGGAGAAAAUCUGGACGACGGAAAACAAUAAGAGACAAUAACUUUUCGGGACGCCACUUCGCCGUGGAGCAAUGGCUGCUGUCCAAUUCUACCGGAAGAAAAGGAGUUGUUGGAAGUGUGUGCUGUGCGCUUCUUCGUGAAUGUGUUUCGCAUCCACUUCUGCUGACACUUUUGAACAAUGUUAAUCAUUUCCACUCAGAGAUCGUGCAGGAUUUACAGAUGCCAGUCUGCACGGUUUGAAACCACAUUUCAGCAGCUAAGAGAUGCUCAGGAGGGAUUUGUCUGGGCCCGUUUUAUAAGCUAAAAAGCAUCGUUUUUGUACUGGGUGUAGCAAGGAAGCACACUGUUUAACACGCAUCUGGUCACACAUCAAAUUGGAAAUGGUGCUGCUUAGAAAUUGGUUAAAUAGAAUAGGUAAGAGGUAACACAGUUGGCAUUUGAGAGGCUCCCAUUUUUCUCAAUGUUUACGUCUUUCCACUCAGAUCUAGUUGGUCCUUUGUUGACGUGCCAUCAUCUACUUGCCAUAAGUUGUUUAAGUAAGAAUUAGGCGUUGAGCCAGCUCUGCAGUGGGUGGAAUUAUUUGCUGUCUAAAUCAGCCUGCCUUUUUGCAUACAUUUAGGUUGGGUUACACAAAUCUGUUGGUGACGUGUGGUGAAGCAUGACUUACUUUGCAUCAUUCCACCAAAUACAUAUCUAGGGCCAUUAAAGGUGUUCUCAAAAGUUAUCGUAAUUAAGUCCUGUUUACUGUCAAGAAUUCAUUUUUAACGUUAAAACAUUAGAAAGUCGGAACGUGGAAUAAAAAAAUGUCAGUAAGAGACCAGAGUCAAAGUUGAUGCUGUAAAACGCUGUAGCUCAAGUGAGUGGGGGUCUUCAGAUCUCUGUAUUUACUGUGAGCUUUGCCUUUUCUCUGAAGUCAUUUAGUUUGCAUGCCUGCCUUUUUUUGUUUCACCAAAGAAUGUAUUUUUUAUUUUCUUAAAAAAAACAAAAACUGUGCCCUGUUUUUAAUUUAAAUAGCUUUCAUAAUACCAUUUUGUGAAGCCUCUUUGGUAAAUGGGUUAACAGGUAUAUAAGGACAAACAUUUCCCCUUAAUAACAACAUUGAACUGAUUUGGAGAAAUUGUGUUUUGCCACAUUUGACAUCAGUGGCUAACUGGAGGGCUGCUUGUAUCUCUCUUUGUCAUACAUUUGGGUUUUUGAUUUCAAACCGAAUGCUGUGUUGACUUUGGCCAUGGACUUCUUCAGUCCUCCGUGUUUUUUUAAACGUAGAGAACAGGCAGCUCCAUGUUAAUAUAAUAAACUCUGUGCUAGUCAAUGCACUUGUUUCAUAUAGCCCAAAAGUUGCUCUGUGGAACCACCAGUCCAUCCACCUGUGAAAAGUCAAACACAUUUUUUUAUUUCUCGUUUAAAGUGUCUCCAAAAUUCUUACCAUUUUGUUAAUUCAGUGUCAACUUUUGAGUGCAAUUAAGCUUCUGGUCCUUUACUUGAUUGAACUGGGGACACAUCUUUAUCUUCAACCCUUUUUCUUUUUUAAAUGGCCACAUUAUCAGUCCACUUUGUCUGUGUUUUCUCAGCUUUUGAAAAAUGAUAUCCUUGUGUUGCUUUCCAUGGAGACUGAAAAGCAGCUUUGUUCUCCAUUUUUAGUGUAGUAGUGUUGUGAACCCUCCUAUUUAUGUAUCUAGUUACCUCCCUUAAGUGCUUAGCUCUACUUCAAGGACAAUUUUGUAACUUUACCUGUUUCACUAAUGCGUCUUAAAUGUCCCCCGACACCCCCUUGCUAGUAUUGCUGUUGCCAUAUGCAGUACUUAAACGGUUAAUAAUUCAGGUGUUGUGGACCCCUCCUCACUCCUCGAUUCUCCUUCUCAUUUUGAUUGAUGGUGAGCCAGAAGUUGGUGUCAGAACAUUUUUGGUUUGUUGUUGGCAAUUUGUGAUUUUUGUUUUUCUUUCCUUUUUAAGUUGUAAACUUAACUCAUAUUUAAGACUUACAAGCACCUUUUUUUUUCUUCUGAAAGAUGCAAACAUUUCAUUUAGUUCAGCACCAAAGUCACCGUGUUCUGUUCCUCUCCAAGUCUACACAGUUGCGUGUGUAUAUAAAGUACAAAAAUCACACAUUUGAUCGUGUGACAACCGUUUUGUUCUCAUCACUUUUGUGUUGUUGCUGAGGUGUUAGGUUUUUUUCUUUUUUCUAGGAAGACUUUGUGGCCUUUCUUCUGGGGAGAACGGUUGUUAGUACAGUUUAAAGAAGAUUUAACGGGCAGCCAGAUUAACUGACUGUCAGUCAAAUAAAUGAGAUUGUCUGAAAAUAUGGGAUCUUCCAUUCUAUUAUAUAUAAUUUAAAUCAGAGUUGGGCUGAUCUGGAGAUAUUUUAUAAUACGCUUGGAUCUGUAUGUUUGAAUUUUUUCCUCAGGAUCUGUUUUGUUUUGAGUUUUUAAAACUUGAUAUUUUAUUGGUGUGACAUUUUGCACUGCCUCAUGUAUUUUAAAAUCAUGUCAUUUUUGUGUGUGUAUGUCUUUGUUGCCUUGAAUUAUUGAAUACAUUGUGCUUUACCAUCAU